AUGAGCGAAGAGUCUUUUGAGGACGGAGAGAGCGAGGUUUUCGGAGAAGCGAGCUUCGGCGGCCCUUCAGCGACCGUCUCGCAGCCCAUAGAGUCUGUUUUUAGACUGGGUGAUGGCAGUCAAGAUGCCAUGGAUCUGGACUCUCAAGUGACUGCAUCGACCUCGCAGCGCACGACACUGGUUGACGCUGGUCCAAGAAGGACUUAUGCACGCGAGAGAACGUAUCUGGAAGACAAGAACGUCGAAGGUGACCUUCUACUCGCAUUACCAUUUGACUCGCCGAUCAUCCCCAAGCAGCCGAUUGGCAACGGCGCCUUCGGUAUGCCCCAGCGCCAGCCGCAGUUUGUCGAGGAUGAGCAGGAAGACUCCCAAGGCGGGAUAAAGAGCAUCCACGAGCUUCGCGCCGCUGGCGGCAACAAACGCUUCUUGGACGAUAUUGAGAGUUUACUGGACGACAUCGAGGCGAAUGGACCUUCAACCGUCUCAAGGAGGCGCAGUGGGAUAGUCGAGCUGUGCACCAAGCUUGCGGACGAGAACUUCGCGAAGAAGCUCUUCAAUACGAGCUUGGAGCAGCGGCUGUUUCCUGCUCCUCCAAGUCUGCCGGAUACGAUACUGGAAUUCACAAAAGCCGUUGCUAUCGCCUUCAUUGUCCAUGCUCACGCGCCUGUUACCUGGGUACGACAGAUUCACCGCUCUGGGGCUCUGGAUAUGCUGACAUCGCUGCUGGAUCUCGACGUCGAUAUCAGCCGUAUCGCGAAGGAGCGGAAGACAAACAUGUCGAAAGUCGCUCAAAGCACGCUGUUAGAAUUCCGCACUCUAGUCCAACAAGCCGCCUUCUGGGGCGACGAGAAACCCUUCGUGCUCACACCGCGCCUCAUGGCCCUCCGAAGCAUGGACCUGCUAAUCGGCCGCCUCCGCAAACUCGGCGACGACACCACCCUCCUAAUUCCAGACCUGACCUCGCAGCUCCUGGACAUCGCAACCUCGGCCUCCGGCUCCCUCGUGCAGGACGUCAUACCUCCCUACGACGUCGCAUGCCUGGAACUCUCCCUCUCGAUCCUCGAGUCCGGCUCCACUCUCCCCGGCCACACGGCGACGCGCUCGACCUUCUCCGCAGACCACCUCACCCAGCUCGCCGCCAUCCUUCCGCUCCUCCUCACCCAUGCGGACGCGAAUCUCGCGCACAGCACCUCCCUCGCCAUCCGUCUCGCGACGAACCUCGCGAACAACAACCCGCGCAUCUGCGGGCAGUUCGCGGAACCGGGGCUAAUCCGCCCGCUCGUUGGCGCGAUCACGAAGACGUUCCAGAAGCUUGACGGCGAGGAGCACGGAGAGGAUGAGGCAAAGCAUCUGGCGACGAUUGAUCGGCUGGUUCUGCUUCUGGGGUGUGGGAUCAAUCUGUUUGAGCAUAGUGAGGCGUGUCGGGUUGCUUUGCUUCCCGCCACCCCCCCGUCCGCCUUUGAAGCCGCGCCGGGAGUGGAAGCAGAAGCACACGCCUCAUCCCACAUCAAUGACCUAACCCACCUCUUUGCUUCCCACCGCACCCGCGCCUGGCACGCCGCCCUCAGCGUGCAAGCGUCCCACUCCAACAUCCCGUACGGCUACCUGGCUGUUCUGCUCGGGAAUCUGUGCCAGACCGCCGAGCUGCGUGCGGAGGUGGAAGCCGGGUUGUCGGCGCAGGGAGGGAUCAACACGCUGGUUGGGGCCAUCGAGGAGUUUGUCAGGUUCCAUGAGGCGGUUGACAAGGAGGGCGGGGAGGUCGCAGAGGAGACUUGGGGGGUUUUUACGGGGAGGAUGAGGGGCGUUGUUGGGAGGUUGAGGGGGUGA